AAGGACUCAACAUAUGUACCAGCGGAAGUGCCACCUCUUGCGAAGAAUGUCUGCUAAUCCAUCCAAAAUGUGCCUGGUGCUCCAAAGAGUACUUUGGCAGCCCAAGGUCUGUCACCUCACGGUGUGACUUGAAGGCAAACCUCAUCCGAAACGGCUGUGAUGGUGAAAUCGAGAGCCCGGCCAGUAGCACCCAUAUCCGGCGGAGCCUGCCACUCAGCAACAAAGGCUCCAGCACCAUGGGCUCCGACGUCAUCCAGAUGAUGCCACAGGAAGUCGCCCUAAACCUUCGGCCUGGUGACCAGACUACUUUCCAGCUCCAAGUGCGCCAGGUGGAAGACUACCCUGUGGAUCUGUACUACCUGAUGGACCUUUCCCUCUCUAUGAAGGACGACUUGGACAGCAUUCGCAACCUGGGCACCAAGCUUGCCGAGGAGAUGAGGAAGCUCACGAGCAACUUCCGGUUGGGUUUUGGGUCCUUUGUUGACAAGGACAUCUCUCCUUUUUCCUACACAGCACCGAGGUACCAGACGAAUCCAUGCAUUGGUUACAAGUUAUUUCCAAACUGCGUCCCAUCCUUUGGGUUCCGCCAUCUGCUACCUCUCACAGACAGAGUGGACAGCUUCAAUGAGGAAGUUCGGAAACAGAGGGUGUCCAGGAACCGCGAUGCGCCCGAGGGGGGCUUUGAUGCAAUCCUCCAGGCCGCUGUCUGCAAGGAGAAGAUUGGCUGGCGGAAAGAUGCGUUGCACCUUCUGGUGUUCACAACAGAUGAUGUGCCCCACAUCGCACUGGAUGGGAAACUAGGAGGCCUGGUGCAGCCCCACGAUGGCCAGUGCCACUUGAAUGAGGCCAAUGAAUACACUGCAUCCAACCAGAUGGACUACCCAUCCCUUGCCCUUCUUGGAGAGAAGUUGGCAGAGAAUAACAUCAAUCUCAUCUUUGCUGUGACAAAAAACCACUAUAUGCUCUACAAGAAUUUUACCGCUCUGAUACCUGGAACCACAGUGGAGAUUUUACAUGGAGACUCCAAAAAUAUCAUUCAACUGAUUAUCAAUGCAUACAGUAGUAUCCGGUCUAAAGUGGAGCUGUCUGUCUGGGACCAGCCAGAAGACCUUAAUCUCUUCUUCACUGCUACCUGCCAAGAUGGUGUAUCCUACCCAGGCCAGAGGAAAUGUGAGGGUCUGAAGAUUGGAGACACGAACUUACCAGUGACUGUGUUGAAAUCCACUCUUGUCUGGAAAAUGCUCAUGUGGCCAGAUAUCACGAUUGUCUACAGUAGUAUCCGGUCUAAAGUGGAGCUGUCUGUCUGGGACCAGCCAGAAGACCUUAAUCUCUUCUUCACUGCUACCUGCCAAGAUGGUGUAUCCUACCCAGGCCAGAGGAAAUGUGAGGGUCUGAAGAUUGGAGACACGGCAUCUUUUGAGGUGUCCGUGGAGGCCCGGAGCUGCCCUAGCAGACACACAGAGCACAAGUUCGCCCUGCGGCCCGUGGGGUUCCGGGACAGCCUGCAGGUGGCGGUCACCUACAGCUGCACGUGCGGCUGCAGUGCGGGGCUGGAGCCCGACAGCAUCAGGUGCAGCGGGAACGGCACUUACGUCUGCGGCCUGUGUGAGUGCAACCCCAGCCACCUGGGCACCAGGUGUGAGUGCCAGGAAGGAGAGAACCAGAGCGGGUACCAGAACCUGUGCCGGGAGGCUGAGGGCAAGCCACUGUGUAGCGGGCGCGGGGAAUGCAGCUGCAACCAGUGCUCCUGCUUUGAGAGCGAGUUCGGGAGGAUCUACGGGCCCUUCUGCGAGUGUGACAGCUUCUCCUGCGCCAGGAACAAGGGCGUCCUCUGCUCAGAAGAAGCUUUGCAUCUUGCUCCCUACUGA